UUCCCAUUCCAUGGAGAACCAAAGUGAGCUCAUCAUAGAGUUAAGAUCUAAGUUGUCUUCUAGUGAAAACAGAGUAAAGGAACUGGAAGCAGCGAAUGCGAAAUUAGCAUCACUUGUUUCUAGUUGUAUCUGCCACAAGACUCAUAAAGGUGCUGCUUGUGUUCGCGACAAACCAUGUAUGCAUUGCAACAAACAUUGUAUAAUCUUCAGUAAGGAUAAAGCUAGUGGUAAUCAGGCUAUUGAUCUUGGAGAUGAAGAUGUUGCUGAAGAGACAAAAAAAACUUCACCUUCACCUAUUGAUGUUGAAGGGUUUGGGAAUGUUCCUAUGUCUCAAGGACCAACUGCUAGUCUCCAGUAAACGUGGAGGAGAAUUUUGAUUCUCAUCUGUCAGACAAAAAUAUGUUGGCUGAAAAAAUGGAAAAGUUGAAGCAAGGAAACUCUGUUGAGAAUGGAAAAAGGAAACCAAAGAAGAAAUUGUCAGGUUAUAGCUUCAACUCCAUGAAUCAUCACUCACAGAGACUUGUGGCUCUGAAAAUUAUGUAUUUCGGUCAGAGGUUCUAUGGUUUUGCAUCAGAAGCUCAGAUGGAGCCAACUGUUGAGUCUGAAUUGUUCAAAGCACUUGAAAAGACGAGACUUGUACUUGGUGACAAGAAGGAUUUGCAAUAUUCAAGAUGUGGUAGAACAGACAAGGGUGUUUCUUCUGUAGGGCAAGUUGUUGCUUUACUAUUGAGGUCAAAGCUUAAGGAACAUGGAGGCAAUACCUCUGAGGAAUUUGUAGACAAAAGGCCAGAAGAGGAAGAGCUGGAUUAUGUAAGAAUAUUGAAUGGAGCUCUCCCAAAUGAUAUUCGAGUGAUGGGCUGGUGUCCUGCUCCUGAUAAUUUUAGUGCAAGGUUUAGUUGUCUGAGUAGGGAAUACAGAUACUUCUUUUGGAGGGAAAAUUUAAACAUAUUGGAAAUGGAGAGUUCAUGUAAAAGGCUGAUUGGGGAACAUGAUUUUAGGAAUUUUUGUAAGAUGGAUGCUGCGAAUGUGCAUAAUUACAAGCGUCGUAUAACAUCAUUCGAUAUAUGUCAUUGCAAUGGAAGUGAUGAGCUGUGGUUUAUGAGAAUCAAAGGCAGUGCUUUCUUGUGGCACCAGGUUCGUUGCAUGGUUGCUGUGUUGUUCUUGAUUGGCCAAGGUCUUGAAUCACCCGAUGUUGUGGAUGCUUUGCUUGAUGUUAAAAAGACGCCUAGGAAACCUCAAUACAAAAUGGCUCCAGAGAUUCCAUUAGUUCUGCGAUCUUGUGAAUUUGAAGGUCUCAAUUUUAUGUGCUCCUCAGAUUCCAGGCGAGCAUUGCAGUUGCAUUUAGAGAAGGAAUGCCAGACAUACAAACUCCAAGCUGCAAUUUUCCAUCAGGCUCUGCUUAAUCUUUCAACCAUUCAAGAUGAUGUGAGUAUAACAAGUAAGACGAAAAAGAAAGUUUCUUCUCAUGUUCCUCUUAUGUCACGUCCUACUGAGCCAUCUUAUAAUGAGCGGCGUGCUAAAUUAUUAACUUAUGCUUUAUCCAAGAAAACAUUACAAGAAUAACUAUAAUUUAUUCUUUAUAUUGUCAUUCUUGUAGCUUGUGUUAGCUUGGUUUGUUUCUUCUCAUGGAAUAGAUUAUACCGACUAAAUGUGUUUAAGAGAUAGGGAAUAUAAUUAGAGUGCAUCAUUAUUUAAAGAGAA